AUGCCUCGUGGACAGUUUACCCUGCUGCGCCGCGGCCGACUGCCCAGUGCUCUUGAGAAUCAAGGCCCCUUCUCUAGUCAUGUUGGCGAAAUCGGCUGUUGGACGAACAGAGAACUCCAGCACUGUAUCAGCUGUUUGAACUACCACGAUUCUGGCGUUUCUGAUCAGAUCAACUUCUAUGGACAAGAUGACAAGAUUUGA